GGUUUGUGCACCAUGCACCGGGUACAGUUUAGUAUAUAAUGCCCGGGUCAGAUCCUUAAACCAUCAGUUUAUCUAAACCAACUCAACCAUUCAAAUCAUGAAGGUCUUUAUUGUUCUUGCUCUGGCCGCUGUAGCAGCAGCUGACAAUGCUCCCAGAUACGGAUAUGCACCUGCACCAGCUUAUGCUCCUGCACCAGCUUAUGCUCCUGCACCAGCUUAUGGUCAUGCUGCUCCUGCCUAUGCUGAUGAGGCACCAGUCUAUUCCUUCAACUAUGGUGUAGCUGAUGAUUACUCUGGAGCUACCUUCAACCAUGGUGAGAACAGGGAUGGAUAUGCCACCUCUGGAUCCUACUCUGUUGCUCUUCCUGAUGGCAGAAUCCAGACUGUCAACUACAAGGUUGCUGAUGCUUACAGUGGAUAUGUUGCUGAUGUUACCUACUCUGGAGAGGCCAAGUAUGCUUCUGCUCCUGCUCCUUACAAGGCUGCUCCUGUCUACAAGACUGCUCCCGUCUACGCCCCUGCUCCUGCAUAUGCUCCUGCCCCUGCCUACAACCCUGCCCCAGUCUACCAUGGAUAAUUUCACAGCCAUUUGUAUUUAUAUAUUUAAGAAAUAAAGACUGUCCAAUCUAUAAUAA